CAGUAAUUCGACAGUCGGAGUUUGUGUUUAUCUGUGAUAGCGUGUGUACAGUUUUUGAGCAAAAUGAUAUUAUUUAUAGCAGUGGCAAUUGUUUUUGUUAUUGUGUCGUAUUAUUAUGGAACCAGAUCAUUUAAUUAUUGGAAGAAAAGGGGCAUUAAACAUGAAAAGCCAUUGCCUUUUGUCGGGACCAACUUGAAGAAUUUCGCUCAAAAAGCAAGUAUGGCAAUGAUGGCUACGGAAACUUACAGAAAGUUCCCAAAUGAGAAAGUCGUUGGGUUCUACAGAGGUACUGCUCCUGAGUUAUUAAUAAGAGAUCCAGAAAUAGCUAAAAGAAUAUUGGUAACUGAUUUCCAACACUUUUACGCCAGAGGUUUCAAUCCUCACAAAACAGUGAUCGAACCCUUGUUGAAGAAUUUAUUUUUUGCUGAUGGUGACUUAUGGCGUUUAAUAAGACAAAGAUUCACUCCCGCAUUUAGUACUGGAAAACUGAAAGCUAUGUUCCCACUUAUUACGAAAAGAGCAGAAAACUUACAACUAUUCACAGAAGAGAUUGUAAACAGAGAUCAUUUUGAUGCUCGCGAAUUGAUGGCUCGGUACACGACUGACUUUAUUGGAGAAUGUGGCUUUGGGAUCAACAUGGACACACUUAACGCUGAAAAUUCACAAUUUAGAGCGUUCGGAAAACGGAUUUUUGAAAGGAAAUUAAGAGAUGGUGUAAGUGCUGCUCUCAAAAUAAUGUUUCCUGAAAUGUGUAAGAAUUUGACAUUUUUAGCACCUGAACUAGAAACGACAAUGACUCAUUUGUAUCAGACUGUUGUAAGAGAAAGAAAUUACAAACCGUCUGGCAGAAAUGAUUUUGUAGAUCUCCUGCUGGAGCUGAAAGAAAAAGGAGAAAUCAUUGGAGAAUCUAUCGAAAAGAAAGAUGCUGAUGGUAAACCAGAGAUUGUUACUUUAGAAUUGACGGAUUUGUUGAUGAUGUCACAAAUGUUUGUGUUCUUUGGCGCCGGUUUUGAAACAUCUUCAACCGCUUCAAGUUACACAUUGCACCAAUUGGCUUUCAAUCCAGAUUGCCAAGAAAAAGUGCAGGCCGAAAUAGAUAGUGUAUUAGAAAAAUAUGAUAACAAAUUAACUUAUGACGCUGUUAAAGACAUGGCUUACCUUGAAAUGUGCUUCUAUGAGUCAAUGAGAAUGUAUCCGUCAGUGGCGUACCUGAUGAGAAUGUGCACCAGUAAGCAAUAUACGAUUCCAGAGAUAAAUCUGACCAUCGACGAAGAUGUCAAGAUUAUUAUUCCUAUUCAAGCAAUACAGAUGGAUGAAAAAUACUUUAGAGAACCUACAAAGUUUGACCCUGAAAGAUUUAGCUUUGGUGCCAAAGAGGACAUAAAGAACUUUGUAUUUUUGCCAUUUGGAGAAGGACCCAGAGCUUGUGUUGGUGCUCGCUUAGGCCAAAUGCAGUCCAUGGCAGGACUGGCUGCAGUUCUACACAAGUUCACAGUAGAACCUGCUGCUUGUAGUCGGCAGAAUAUUAUACCGGACCCUACAGGAGUAGUGUCCGAAGGCUUCGUUGGGGGACUCCCCUUGAAAUUCAGAAGACGAGUCAAAAAUUGAUGUCUUUCGCUAUUUUGUUUUAGGUCUAAGGGUGUACUGUACUGUUUGUUAUUUAUAUUAAGUGUUAAUUAAUGUUAUUAAAAUAUAAAAAUAAUCUCCAUUAA